AGCUCACCACGAGACCAUUCGACCAACGAGACGAGGUCGGACGAACCCGACAGCAGCGGCCCCCCCGACGCCAAAGGGGCUCGCGGUCUCCCUCGUGUCCCGGGUCGUCUCUCGAACCCGCCUGUGACAGCCGCAAGGACGCGACCGAAACCGACUCGAAAUCAUAGAUGCCGCCCGGUUGGCCACAAUGCCCUGGCAACCGCUGCCUCGCAUUGCCUUCGCCGUAGCGACAUUCCCCUUUGCCGCCUCCCACCCGGCCGACCUCCCCCUCGAGCUGGGCGACGAGCUCUACAUCAUCGAGGAGACCACGGAUGGCAACUGGCUCCGCGGAUACCUGGUGGCGCCGCCGAGCCUGCUGGCCGGCCUGACGAGCGUCAAAGGACAGACCCUCGAGGCUCGCGUGUUCAGCGGCAUCUUCCCCCGCAGCUGUGUCGAGAUCCGCGAGGUAUUGGGCGAAGGCGAUGAGAGCGAUUGUCAUGACGCAGAUAGCGAAGAUGCAUCCGAACCGACUCCAAAGCGCCCGGAAGAAGGUGACUCGGCAAAAAGCGGCAUAGAAGGAGCUAAUGGCGAGAAGAGGAAGCGGAAGGAUAGGACGAGGGGCUCGCCGACCAACGGUUGGAGGGAGCGUCCUGGCUCCCCGAACGGCGGCCCGGGUCGGUUAUCUGUGCCCGUAAAGCGCAACCCGGAUGCGCCACGCCCGCCCGCGCCUGUGCCCAUGCUCAAGAUUGGCGACGAGACCCCGACGUCGACUUCCGAGCCCCUCAUUGACGAGAUCGCGUCCUGCCUUCGAGAAUGGCAUUCGACCAACCUCCACGAGCUGCUCCUUUCCCGCCAGUAUGCCAAGCUCGACACCCUGUCCAAGCUCAUAUCCACUCUCAACUUAGCGAGGCAGCAGUUCCUGCACGACGUGCUGACCACGUGGGAAUAUGAGAUCCUCCGAGAGAAGACCGUCUGGGACCUGGUGCGCGUCAACAAGCUCUGCGGGGGCGAGGUGAUUGUGCGCGACCCGCACGAGCGCGGCCGGGUGCUCACCGGGGAUGACUCGGUCGUCGAGAUCACCAAGUUGCAGUCGGUCAUGAGCCUGCUGGACGAGACGCCGACCCACACGCCCGAACUCACCGCGCUUCACCACCUGUUGGUAGACAUCAAGGGCUUCGCCGGCGCAUCCACCGAGGCCACGACCCUGGUGCUCUACCUAGCCACCAAGACCGCCGGGGGACCCCUCACACCCCUAACCGAGAGCUACAUCGUCGAGAUACCCGCCGGCGGGCAGAUGGUUCACCUCGCCCGAAACAUGCAUAUGCGGACGCUCUUUGCCGGCUUGUCCGCCAGUGAAAUCGGGGAUGUCCCCUCUGUCGAGUCGGAGCUUUACCUGGUCGCCAAGAUCCGCGCGUCGCAGCCGGUCGUGAUUACCAAGCCCAGCUCGCGGUCCGGCAGCAACUCGGGGUCGGUCCCGCAGUUCUUCAAGGAUCACGCAAAGCCCCCGUUGUCCGCCGGAAGCAAGUCGGUGCGCAGAAGUCUGAUGUGGGCGGGCAAGAGCACGCGGUCCGCAUUUUCGCGGGGCAACGCCAGGCUCGACUCGUUGUCGGAGCAGCCAGAGGAGGAGGUCGCAUCACCAGCCACAGCAGGCGCCGAGAGCAUAGACGGAGCCCCCCCUAGCACGGCCAACUCCAAAGCGGGACGCGCAUCGGUGGAUGAGCACGCCGCCCAUACAGCCGACCGGACCGUCGGUGUCGGUGUGCUCAAGUUGAACUCGGUCAUGAAGCAAGAGGAAGAGGAGGUCGAGCACAUCGUGAGCAUAUGGGCGCCGUCUGCGAGGCACGCUCCCGAGAGGCAGGACGGUGAGGAGUGGGACCCGGUGCUGCGCGAGAUCAUGGACAGCAAGACUGGGUCCUAUGAGAAGUCGAGGAGGGCAGAGCGCCUGCAGGUGCAUCUGCGGGCGUUCAAUCAUCCGGAUGCAGAUGCCCUGAUUAAGGCGACCCCAACCGUGCUUUCUAACAUCUGCAAGACGAACAAGAUGGGCUUCUCGGGCGCCCCGACGAAGCCGCGGUCCGACAUCUACUUGACCAUUGAAGAGGCCGUCUUGACGCGGCAAACCUUGCUAUCCCGAUUCGGCGGAAGCCCGGCAGCGCUACCGAGCAGCCUCCACGCCAACAAUCUCCAGAUCACUCUCGAAGUGCGCAGGUCCAACGGCGAGCGCGUCGAGAGCUGCAUCUACCCGUCGUCCAAUGCCGAAGCCACCAGCGCAUGGAAAACCGUCGUCGCCGAGCGCGGCGAGCCGUGGCGACAGACGGUCAAACUCGUCCUCGCGCCCCAGGAUGUACAUCAGGGACACGUGGUGAUGCAUCUCGCGGACGCGCCGAAUCCGCCGUUUGCUGUCGCAUACAUGCCGCUGUGGGACCAGCAUGCCUUUAUCCGCGACGGGGCCCACGGUCUGCUGCUCUACCGGCUGGACGAGCACACGGCCACGGCCCAGGCUGGCCCUCAGGGCAAGGGCGGCUACCUGAACCUGCCAUUCUGCCUGCGGGGCAAGGAGGAGCAGCAGGCUGAGGUUACGGGGCCGCUCGCCAUGGUGCGCGUGGAGACCUACCUCUGCAGCACGAGGUUCUCCCAGGACCGGGUCGUCUUGGGACUGCUGGCCUGGAAAGAAUCCUCUCGGGAGGGGAUUCCGGUGCUCCUGAAGCAGUUCAUAUUCGUCCCCGAGAUCGAGGUCGUCAAGCUGUUGAACGAUGUGUUGGACGCGCUGUUCGGAAUCCUCUGCGAGUAUUCCGGCAAUGACGACUACGAGGAUCUCGUAUUCACCGCCCUCGUGAGGGUGCUGGACAUCGUCCACGACAGACGGUUCAACCUGGCCCCGCUGGUCGACCAGUAUGCCGAGAGCAGGUUCAACUACCCUUUUGCCACGCUCUGCCUAGUCAGGUCCUUCACCCGGCUUCUGUCGAAGCCUACCGAGCCCGAGACGGCGCGAAAACUCCGCGCCACCUUCAAGGUCGCGAGGCACAUCCUCAAGUUCAUCACGCACGCCCGGGGCCAGCAAAAGGCCAAGGAGUCCGGCAUCGGGAUCACAGGGUCGAAUCCGGGUUUCACGCGCCACCUCCGCGUCAUCUUCAAGGCGCUGGAUGCCAUGAUGCGCAGCUCGGCGCCCGUGCUCGUCGGCAGCCAAACCCUUGCCGUCCAGCACUUCCACACCUGGCUUCCCGAGCUUACCGGGCUCCUGAGCACCGAAGAGAUCCUGCACAUUGCCAUCGACUUCAUGGAAUCCUGCUCCGGGGUCAAGGGCAAGCUGGUGCUGUACAAGCUGGUGCUGAUCAUCAACUACUCCAAGCUCGACAUCUUCUCCCACCCAGAGCAGCGCUCUGCCCUGAGCGCCAACACCGUCCGCUGGAUCGCGCCACACUGGGGUCAUGUCGACGAGGUCACGGAUCUGUGGAAGGAGCAGGUGCGCCUCUGCUGCUCCGUCCUCGCCAGCCAGAUCGAUCACCUGGGACCAGAAAUCCCGGAUUACAUCCCAAAGAUCAUCCAGUCCUACCUCGUCAUCCAGGCCACCCCCAGGAAGCCCAAGGACCGCCUCUCGCUCCUCUUCCCCGCCACCUAUCCCUUCCCGACGAAGCCCAUCGCCGAAGAAACCGCGUUCGACGAGGCCCUCAUCGAGCUGUCGGCCGUCCUGUCGGCCCUCUCCAAUUCCCCAAGCGGCAUGCAGCUUGAGCUUGCCGAAGACGACCUGCACGUCAUUGUGGAGAACUGCCUGCGCGUGCACAUGAGCAUCCUCAAGGGCGAGGCCUUCCCUCCCGGUUGGCUCAGCGUGCACAUCUACCACCACAAGUCCACCAUGCGCACUCUGCAGUACCUAGCAGGCAUCCUGCUCGAAUCGUUCCUCCCGGACCCGGACGAGGCCGAGAACUUCAACACGGAGCUGUGGAAGCUGUUUUUCACCACCCUGCUGCAGCUCGUCGGCAGCCCGUCGCUCGCGCUCGAGACGUUCCCCGAGCAGAAGCGCCGCGCCGUGUGGAAGAUUGCCGGGGACGUGCGCGAGCACGGCGCGGAGCUGCUGCGUCGCACUUGGGAGGCCAUCGGCUGGGAGACGACGCCCGAGGAGCGCGCGCGGUACGGCCUGGCCAAGAUGGGCGGCUACCAGGUGCAGUACGUGCCGACGCUCGUCGGGCCGAUCGUCGAGCUGUGCCUGAGCGUGCACGAGGGCCUGCGCAGGAUGGCCGUCGAGGUGCUGCAGACCAUGAUCGUCAGCGAGUGGACGCUCAGCGAGGACCUGUCGGUCAUCCGGACCGAGAUGAUCGACUGUCUGGAUGCCUACUUCAAGGCGAAGCCCCUGACGGAGAGCAUCCUGCAGAAGUUGUUUGUCGGGGAGCUGCUGGGGCGGUUUGAGCCGCUGUCGAGGAGCAAGAACGACCCGCUCUACGCCGCGCUGCGGGAGCUGACGGAUACCGUGGAUGUCUUCUUGGAUCUGCUGGUCGCCGUGCAUAGCGGGGAUGGCUCGGGCGAGGCGUCGCAGAUCAUCCACCGGCUGCGGCUGAUGGAGUUCCUGCGGGAUAUGCAGAAGGAGGACAUCUUCAUCCGCUACGUCCACCAGCUCGCAAACCUCCAGGCCGAGGCCAGGAACCACGCCGAAGCGGGCCUGGCCCUGCGGCUCCACGCCGACCUGUACGACUGGGAUCCUCUCAGGACGACACCCGCUCUGCAGGACCCGGAAUUCCCCGCCCAGAGCCACUUUGAGCGCAAAGAGCGCAUCUACUUUGACAUGAUCAAGCACUUUGAAGACGGCGAGGCCUGGAGCAGCGCCCUCGCCGCUUACAAGGAGCUGCAGACGCAGUACGAAACCAACACGUUCGACUUCGCCAAGUUGGCCCGCACGGAGCGCGCCAUCGCCUCCAUCUACGAGACCAUUACCAAGGGCGACAAGCUGGUGCCCAAAUACUUCAAGGUCGUCUUCAAGGGCCUCGGCUUCCCCGCCAGCGUGCGCGACAAGGAGUUCGUCUUUGAGGGCUCCCCGGCCGAGCGCGCCGCCAGCUUCACGGAUCGCAUGCAGGAGAUGUACCCGUCCGCGCGCAUCGUCACGAGCGAGCACAUCGACGACGUCGAGGGCCAGUUCCUGGUCAUCUCGGCGCUCAGCCCGCACCGCGACCUGAACCACCAUGUCUACCAGCGCGCGCGCGUGCCCCAGGUCAUCCGGGACUAUCUUGUCUCGGCACACCCGCGGCGCUUCUCGGUCACCGUCAAGAGGGACACCACCGGGCCGCCGGCGGAGCAUUACGCUGAGAAGGUGGUGUACACCACGGCCGAGUCAUUCCCGACCAUCCUGCGUCGCAGCGAGAUCGUGUCGGUGGAGGAGGUGCGGCUGUCGGCAAAGGAGACGGGUCUCGAGAGGAUCGUGCGCAAGACGGCGGAGAUGUCUGCGCUCGAGAAGAAGGUGGCCGAGGGCGAGGGCGGCGAUGAGAACGCGCAGCUGCUGCUCGACGCCGUCAGCAUCAGCGUGAAUCCCAACUCGGAGAGCAGCGUGGUGGUCUAUCGCGAUCUAGUACCCGGCAUGUCGCGUACGGGUGAGCCGUCGCCAGCUGGGGAGCUCGAUGAAGAAGAUGCUGGAGCGCCUCAGCUGGGUCCCCAGGAGAAUGCCAUCAAGAUGGCACUCGUGGACCACGCGAUCAUGCUCAAGAGGUGCCUGGCGACGUUUUCGAAGAGCGGCAAUGAGCUCCUCACAAGACGCGUUGAGGAACUGCAACGCUUCUUCGAGUCAACGUACGCUCCAGAAAUCGCAAUCUUUACCCCCGCGCAGCCGCUCCGCAGUACCAUCAGCCCGUCGCCCACCUGGUCACGCUCACCGCAAUCGGCCCUCAGCAGCGGCGGCGGCGGCGGUGGCGGCCGCCCUCACCACGCCGCCACCAAGUCCACGUCCACCGUCCCGAACGGCGCCGUCACGGAGGAAGCAACCGUCGUCCAACCAGUCUCCCUUCGCCAGGGACGCGGACCCCGUCUCAGUUUCCUCGGUGGCCGCAAGAAGGAUCAACAGCCGUCCAAAGAAGUCAACGGCGACCACCAUCACCAACCAAUCCAAGAAGACCCCGAACCAGUAGCGACAAACGGGAGUAAUAACACCCCUUCCUCGGCAGCUAAGGAACCACCGAGACGCUCCCUGUUCCGCACCCUCCCGCAUAUCGCCACCACAGAUGCCGGGUCAGCAUCGGCCAGGGAAAGAGCCGGAUUACACCCGGUGCAGACAAACGGCACAGACCUAUCUUACCCGCAUAGUUCCACCGCGGUUGGAAGUGAAGUGAAGGGCGGGAGCUCGGAGACGAACAGUGCUGCCACCACUCCCGGCGGACUGCUGGGGGAGAAGGACGGGUAUGGCACAAAGGUCUACGAGACGCCAUAUGUUCAGACGCAGCAGCAGCAGCAGCAGCAUCAUCAUCAUCAUCAUGCAGGGGGGCAUACCUCCCUCAUGGGCCACGGGGUGGGCAGUGUCAGGAAGAGGUUGAGCAUGCUGAAGCUGGGGAAGAAGAGCAGUCGGGAGCGAAGCGGUGGGCUAGGCGGAGUUGAUGAGGAAUAAUUGGCGAGGGCGGAAUCUAUCUCCCGGUUGCUGAUCGGGAUGUCUAUGCAUUGAGUUCUUCUCUCUUUUGUGGGAUU